AUGAUGAGUGCGCAGUCACAGAUGCCACCGGCGGUUCUAGGCAAAGCGGGCCACAGUCCAUCCCGGCUUCGUGCAGCGUCCGCAUGUUUGGCCUGUAACAUGAAAAAGAUUCGUUGCGUCUAUCCCGAACACAGUAAAGAAUGCCUGAACUGCUCCCGCAAUCGCUGGGAAUGCUCUCCUCGGGAACGGAAGCGAAAGCGGCGUGAGGUUACCACCACAAAGGUCAAAGAGGGUAGCCCUAUUGCGAAUGGGAGCCAUGACAUGUCUCAACCCUCGUCGCCAAAGCAGCCCGCUUGGGAUUCGAAAGUGACGGGCUGGAAUGCCUCUAGGCGUGUUAGCAUUAUCACUGGAGCUCCCCCGUCAGAAGCUGCAGAGCCUUCCCUAAGCCAAAUUCCUCCCAAUCCCGGUUUUUCUGCACCAACAACCAUCCUCCGUGAACCAGACAAAGCAACUCUUUACACGAACACAACGUCCAGCGUUCCUUUACCACAUGUACAUUCAUACGAUGAGAGCCCCAGCGCUUCAAGUUUUCUAGGCCGAUCAGAAUAUCUAGGCGGUGAGGUCCCCAUCAACGAAGACCAGGCAAAGUCUUACCCCGCAGUCGCGACGGAGAGUUUGACAGAGGAGGAUAUUCGUGUUUUGCAGCUACAGCACGCGUUUGACUUACCACCGCGGGCUGUUAGAGAGGGCCUAAUAGACACGUUCAUGAAGCGCUGUGCGCCGUGGAUGCCCAUUGUUGAGCGAAGCUGGCUAACUGAACGUUAUGGGAACCAACCGUCAUUGCUACUCCUGCAAGCGGUGUUCCUCGCGGGUAGCAGAGUGUCAUCUGCUCCAGCGGUGGCAGCGUAUGCUUCGCCAAACGAGUUCUACCGUCGGGCCAAGGCUUUGUUCUGGUCUGGCUAUGAAAAAAAUACGAUCACCGUCAUUACCGCCGUACUGGUAAUGCACUGGUAUAACCCUGAAGGGCCGGAACAUAUAUCUCUUAACACCAGCGGCUUCUGGAAUCGCAUUGGUGUCGGUCUGGCGUAUCAGAUUGGAUUGCAUAAGGAACCUCCUCCUGGACGGAAUGCAGCCCUUCGUCGACGAUUGUGGUGGACUUUAUACGCGAGAGAUUGUUUAAUCUCGGCAAGUCACGGAAGGCCUCGCGCUAUUAAUCCUGACGACUGCGACGUCAAAUCGCUUUCUAACGAAGACUUCUAUGGAUCAACUGCAGACGGCCCAAUGUUUAUUUCAUACGUAGAAUUGGCCUCGCUACUAGGCGAUCUAACUCAGUGCUGUUGCCGCACAUAUCUAUCACGCCAAAAACGUCAGUAUAUCGAAGGUGCGCUUUAUCGUUGGACUCGAGAACUCCCUGACCAUCUACAUCUCUUCCGGUAUGCAAGCUCAAACAAUGGCACCUCCCCAAAGUUAGUACCAGCACCGUACAGCUUCGAAGCACGCCAGCUACACGUUCUGUAUUUUAUAAUCCUCGCCAUUCUCUUUCGAUCAACUCCGCCUGCGAGCACACCCUCCCCAGCAGCAGUGCUCGCGUCAUCCUUCGUCGCAGGAAUUUUUGAGGAUUUCUUAGCUCGAGACGAAAUUUGCUUCCUAGGCCCUGUAUUUACCUUCUAUCUUUUGGCCUCAGGAGUUGGCCUUCUUUCUUGUUUCCGCUACCCCCGCCUGUGGGCCAAGGCUGAACAGGAUCUCCGCAUAAUAUACAAUUCUCAAAAAGAACUCUCAACAAGGUGGCCUUCUGCAAUCGGCGGUUUAAAUGCGCUACGGGGCAUGAAGGAGGAGGCAAGCAAAAACCAACGAUACGAGGAGACACAGCUGAUUGGGAGUCUCACCCCUGAGCAACUAACGUGCUUCAACGGCUUUCCAACGGAUUUGUGUCGGCUUGGAGAAGCCAUUUUGACACCCCACAUUCAAGACCUAUUGGAUCCACGAAGACUCGACGAUGACCAAUUCUCACGCAGCGCCUCUGAUAUGAUGACAGCCGGGAUUUUAGCAAAGUUGAAAACGCCAAUAAGUACUCUCGCAGCCCUGGACGGGUACCUACCCCUAGCCACCAUUCUUGAGCACCACCAGAUGCACAGCACAACCGGUGGGGAAACUACGGAUAUCACUGAUGAUAUCAUUUGUGGCCAAUACGCAGGGAUCGGCAACUGGCUGCUGAAAGAUUGGGACUGGAAUAGCGAUAUUGCUUGGUGA